AUGGUGGUGGAGCUGGACAAAGACAGAGACGGAGGAGGAGGAAAAGUUGGCAGUAGGAAAGAAAAGGAUCAGAGCUGGAUUCCAAAGAUUUUCAAGAAACGAGUCUGCACAACAUUUGUUGAAAACCCCAGUAAUGGAGCACUCUGUCAGUGCGGAGGAGGGAAGGAUGUUCAUGACUCUGUGGCAACAGAAGAUUCUUUCGGAGCAGCCAUGGUUCCACAGUGGGACAGCAUGCAGCACUCAUGUGAACUUCCUACUGAUGCYUUUGGAGAGCUAGAGUUUGCUGGACAUGGCCGCAGACACAGUCAU